AUGUCUGAAAAAAAAAUAAAAAAAGAAGAAUACGGAGCUGAAAGUAUUCAAGUCCUAGAAAACAUUGAAGCGGUUCGUAAAAGACCAGGAAUGUAUAUUGAAGCUAUUGAUAACCCAGUUGAUGAAGCCGUAGCUGGCCAUUGUCAAAAAAUUUGGAUUACUCUUUCGGCAGACCAAACUACCAUUACUAUUAAGGAUGAUGGACGAGGAAUUCCAAUUGAAAUCCAUCCUAAAACUAAAAUGAGUGUUUUAAGAACUAUUUUUGAGGUUCUUCAUUCCGGAGGAAAAUUCGAUAACAAAGCUUAUAAGACUUCGGGAGGACUUCAUGGAGUAGGAGUGACUGUAGUUAAUGCCCUUUCUAAAUCUUUGCGAGUAGAGAGUAGUAGAGAGGAAAAAACCGAAACCAUAAUUUAUGAAAGAGGAAAAUUAAUUUCUUCCCAAAUAAUUGACACCCUGGGACGAAACAAUGGUGUGUUGGUUGAAUUUACUCCCGAUCCAGAAAUUUUCAAAGAGUUUACUUAUUUUAAAGUUGAAACUAUUCAAAGACGUUUAAAGGAAAUAGCUUAUUUAAAUCCUAACCUUACCUUUUAUUUUGCUACUUCUCCGACAGCUGAGCCAAUUGUCUAUCAUUUUACGGGUGGUUUAAAGAGGGAAAUUUUUCACCGAGUGGUGGUGGAAGAAAAGUUAUCUGAAUAUUUCCAAUUGAGUUUUGCUUUCCAAUAUAACGACAGUUAUGACAAAAAUAAUGCUCGUUCUUUCUGUAAUAAUAUUCGCACUGCGGGAGGCGGUUCCCACGUUAGUGGUUUUGAAAGUGGACUUUUUGAGGUUUGUAAAGAAUUAAUUAUCAAAGAUAACCCUAAUUUAGAACUUGAGCCAAGUGAUGUUUCGGUUGGUUUGACAGCCAUUGUUUCGGUACGUGUCAAGGACCCUGAAUUUGCUGGCCAAACUAAGGAUAGGUUAGCCAAUCGCGAAGUUAGAGAAAAAACUAAGAGACUUACCCAAGAGUUAGUGAGCGGUUUUUUUCAAGAUAACGCUACUACGGCCAAAAUCAUUAAGGAGAAAAUUAUUGAUAAUGCUAAGCUCCGUUUGCAUUUAAAAGAGGAACAAGAUAUUUUCCAAAGUGGUAAACAAACUCCCGAUUUGCUGAAAGUGAUGUCUAGUUCGGAAGCGAACGAAGAAAUAUUUUUUGUCGAAGGUAAAUCAGCCGGUGGUAGUGCCGAGGAAGGCCGAGACCCUAAAACUCAGACUGUCUUUGCUCUCCAAGGCAAACUUCCUAACGCUUUAAAAGGUCUGUUCGGUCGAGUUCUUAAGAAUAAGAUAAUAAGUAAUACUCUGCUGGCUCUCGGUUUUGCUGAUCAAAAAGGACUCUUAAAAAAUGAUUAUAUUCGUUUUCAUCCUUUAUUAGAGAAGCAAACAUUAGAUGAAGAGGUAAGUUUAUUGGAGGAUUUUACUUAUCAAGAAGCCGAUAGGCAAGAAGUAAUUCCUGCCAAUACUCCUCUUAAUUUGGAACAGUUGGCUAUUGUUGUCCGCGAAACUUUAAAAGAUUUAUUAAGUAAAGCAAACUUUAAAAGAAUUGUUUUAAUGGCUGAUCCUGAUGACGAUGGAGCUCAUAUUGUCGUUUUAUUGCUGACUUUUAUUUUUAAGUAUUUGCCCUACUUAAUUGAAGGAGGAAGGGUAUUUGUAGCGGUUCCGCCUCUUUAUCGAGUGCAAGCCAAAAAGCAAGUACAUUAUUUCUAUAAUGACCAAGAAUUAAAAAGUUAUCUUCAAGAGCACCCCCGCGAGGAACGCAAGAUUGAACGAAUUAAAGGUUUGGGACAAAUGGAUGCUUCUGAGUUAUUCGAAAGCACCAUGGAUCCUACUCAGCGGCAAACCGGCAAACGAAAAGAAUUUUUAGAAGAGCGUUCUUAUCAUGAAUUAGCCCUGACUAUUAGCGAGGAACAAAAAGUUGACUUAGUUAAUUUAGCUUUGGUUUAUUUCACUAUUUACGCUAUUGCUGUAUCGGAAAAAGGUCGAGCCUUGCCCGAAAUUAAUGAUGGAUUUAAGUCCUCCCAGCGCCGAAUUCUUUUUGCGCUCUGGAAAUUAGGAAUUACUCCGAACAAAGAUGUGAUUACUUCGGCCAACAUAGUCGGUAAAACCAUGGCUGAUUGA